GCCCGUCCCUGCGGGCGCCUUAGGGGAAAGGCGCUACUAGGGUUGGUCAGUCCAGUGAGAAGCGAGAAGGGGUAGUGCGGGGGCUUCUUCUCCUGAAGAAGAAAGGGCCGCAGGAGGAAAGUCUUAGCCAUGUCGUCCUUGAUCAGAAGGGUGAUCAGCACCGCGAAAGCCCCAGGGGCCGUUGGACCCUACAGCCAAGCUGUGUUAGUCGACAGGACCGUUUACAUUUCAGGACAGAUAGGCAUGGACCCUUCAAGUGGCCAGCUUGUGUCAGGAGGGGUGGCAGAAGAAGCUAAGCAAGCUCUUAGAAACAUGAGUGAAAUUCUGAAAGCUGCAAGCUGUGACUUCACUAAUGUGGUGAAAACAACUGUUCUUCUGGCUGACAUAAAUGACUUCAAUACUGUCAAUGAAAUCUACAAACAGUAUUUCAAGAGUAAUUUUCCUGCUAGAGCUGCUUACCAAGUUGCUGCUUUGCCCAAAGGUGCCCGAAUUGAAAUUGAAGCAGUAGCUGUCCAAGGACCUCUGACAACAGCAUCACUCUAAGUAGGCACAGUGCUGUGUAGUCUGGAAUUUUUAACAUUUUAAUUUUUACAAUUGAUAUAACCUCUUAAUUAACAUUUUAAUUUUCCCAAUAUUGAUGACAGUGUGAAUUUGAUGAAAAUAUCUGAUGUUAUUAUGGAAAUACCAUAUAAUAGGGAGAGUUGAACAUGAACUGAAGAUUAGAGAAGGAAUCCAGUUACUGUUUUAAAUUACACCUGUGUGCACCUGUAUUCCUGAAUACAGGAAAGAGAUACUCAUUACAUAGUUACUCAAUAAAUAAAAGAGAAAUAACAAGCAGGAAAGAAGACUUAUUAUUCCUGAGAAAUAAUCAAGAACAUAUCCAAUUCAAAUUAAUGAUGUGAACGAUUUAAUUCUCAUGUCAGGUAUGUGAUUCUGCUUUUCCUGAGUAAAAUUAAAGUGUUUAAAUUUGAGGUCAAGGAGAAGAAAGUGGACCAAAAUGUUAUAUAGAUAAUAUUUUUCUAAUGGAAAUAAAAUAGACAUGCAGAUUUCC